AUGUCUAAUCCAACACCUAAUUCAAACCGUGUCAGAUGUAUAUUGUUCUGGGUCGAUGGUAUACUUGUAAAGUAUGACGAGUCGUCAUUGUUUGAGUCGCUCAUUGGUUUGGACUCAUACGUAGAGGACGGUUGUGUCGGACAGCUACUCAGUGUCAACACACCGCAGACCACCGAGACAUACUUCAACCAACUGCUCGGCUUCCAACCCGAGGCCAGCCCACCUCCAACCUACGACGAGUUCAAGAAGAAGUACAAGGAUCUCAAUCUCAGAGUGCUGUCAUCGUCGCAGUCGUUCUGCGAGGGACUCAGCGGCAAGGGCUUCGAGUGCACACACGUCGACGACUAUGACAAGGUGGUCAAGAUCAUCAAUGAUCACGACGUCGACAUUGAGAUGGUGAUCGUGCAUGUCCAGACGGCGUCCACAGAGGAGUGCGACAGGAAGCGUACCAUCCUCACGGCUGACCAUCUCAUCCAUCAGCUCUACAACGACCUUCCAAAGUCUGAGCAACAACAGAACCGCACCAUCUUCAUUGGCACCAUCCUAUCAUUCGCUCCCGAUCACUCUGACGUUGAGAUCCCCCUCACCGAAGAGCAAGCUCAGAGCAAGGCAGUCGUGCCCGACUGGUUCAAACUACCAGCCCAGAGCACUGAGUUCUUUGAGGGCAAGCCAUUCCAAGCAAGACAAACAUCACCAAUGUUUGUUGUCAAUAGCCAUCCAAUAGUGACUAGAAAGGACUGCAUUAAGGGAUUCAAGGACACUGAGUUUAUUAAGGGAUCAAGUGGAAAGAUGCUGAUCAUGCAGUAUCUCCGUGGAUUGGCCUUUAAGAUGGGUCAUGCCGAGAAGUAUGGCGCAUAA